AUGGCUCCUUCUGGUCCUAGCAAGGCUGAGAGGUCAGGCCUGCUUUUUCCACUGUCAUGUCUGCUCACUCAGCUGUUCCAGCCAUAUGGUUUUCCACCCACCGGUGCAUUCACUCCUGAGGUGUCAGCGCUUGGCGCUCUUGGCCUCAGCGGCGCUCCGGGUGAUGCAUCCAGAGUUAUAUUGGGCCUCGGUUACAACCCAGAUAACACUCGCUCAAUGGGCUAUGGACAAUGGCCUCGAUGA